AUGAAUGAAACAACAAUUAUUUCUAAUAUUCAAACAACAGUAGAAAAUCCUUUAUCAAAUAUAUCCUAUCAUCAUGAAAAAAUUUCAAAUAAAUUAACGAAUACUGUUCCACCACGUCUUAUGUCUGAAACAGUUCAAGAUAUUUUAAAUACAUUUAUAUUUUUUGAUUUAAAUGCAAAUCAAUUCAUUGAAAUAAAUGAAUUAAAACGUAUACUUAAUGCAUUAAAUUUUAAAAGAACAACUGAUGAAUGUCAUGAAAUAAUUAAUAUAUAUGAUUUAAAUAAUGAUCAAAUGAUUGAUUUUCAUGAAUUUAUAUUUGGUUUAGCUCGUUUAAUUAAACAUGAUGUUUUUACAUUAAUUGAUAUACAACAAAGAUUUAAUAAAUUUGAUGAUGAUCAAGAUGGUAAAAUUACAAUUACUACUUUACCAAUAUUAUUACGUAAAGGUUUUGGUAUAUCAGUUAAUGAUCGUGAAAUAUUUGAUUUACUUGCAAAAUUUGAUAUAAUUAAUGAAACAACAAGAAUAUCAUUUGAAAAAUUUAUUCGUAUGCUUCAAUUUGCUGUUCGACAAGGUGAAAAAUUACAAGCACCAGAAUAUAUGAAAAAAUUAAAUCAUCGUUGUGGACCAGCAUUAAGAAAUAUUCAUUAUAAUGAUAUGAAAUUACUUAAAAAAAGAAUGGGAGGAUAUCUUUCAUCAUCUAUGGACGACACAAUAAAUAAAUGA